AUGGCUAGAGGAGAAAAUUCUCAAUGAGAACUUCCCUGCAAAUUGGUAUGGUGAAAAUAAAGGGACAUUCGAAACUUUUAUUUUAGUAGUGUUAGGCUGCUGGCAUAAUAUACAGCUUUUAAGCUCAGAUCAGCAAUCAACAUAUCAGAUUAACAAAAGGAAAGGAAAAAGCUCAACAAUCAAUAGUGGCAGCUAAGCUUCAUGGGCUUUGUUCACACGAAUGAAUGGAAUUCUCCUUCACGCCUCUUUCAGUUUCAGGAAGAAGCUUUCUCAAUCUAUUUUACAAACACAUUCAUCACACUCUAAGCCAUUCUUCUCUUCUCCCAACCUCACACGAACAUCGCAGAAAACCAAGAAGCUACACAACGCUCUUAGAGUUCUCGACCUCAUCACCCCAAAGCCAACCCUCACUGCGCGUCGCGGCCAAGGCCAUCUUCGGCUCAUUCAGGACUUUCUACAGUCAGAUUCCGAACACUUCAGCAAUGCCUCUGCUUUCUCUGAUUCAAAUUCGCCAAUAAAAAUCUCAACUUUGUUCGAUGAACUGUUUGAUUCUAGCUCUGUUGAUUCUCCAUCAUGCGCAGAAAGGUUUCGGAUUGAUGCAAGCGUUUUGUCACAUGCCAUAAGCUCAUGUGGGUCUUCUCGUAAUCUCCAUAGUGGGAUUCAGUAUCACUGUGCAGCAAUAAGAAGUGGGCUUGUGGCCAAUGUUUAUAUUGGAAGCUCUUUGGUGAGCUUUUAUGGUAGAUGCAGCGAGUUACAGAAUGCCUAUCAUGUUUUCGAGGAAAUGCCUGUGAGAAAUGCGGUGUCAUGGACAGCCAUUAUUUCAGGGUUUGCACAAGAGUGGCACGUUGAUGUGUGCUUGCAGCUUUUCAGUGAGAUGAGACAUUCUUCAAAACCCAAUGAUUUUACGUAUGCAAGUAUUCUGAGUGCUUGCACAGGCAGUGGAGCUCUUGGGCAUGGAAGAAGUGUUCAUUGCCAAACCAUUCGGAUGGGGUUCAAUUCGUACAUUCACAUUGCUAAUGCUCUUAUCUCAAUGUACUGCAAAUGUGGGGAUGUUAAAGAUGCGCUUUACAUAUUCAAAAAUUUGGAUGGCAAAGAUAAUGUAUCUUGGAACUCCAUGAUUGCAAGGUAUACAUGCCCAGCACAGCCUUACAUCGCAGCCUUUCGUCCUGUAGGGUUCAUGGAAGUGUGUGGAUUGGCAUUGAGGCUGCAGAUAGCAUGGCAAACCUGUACAAUUGGAGCCAGAGUGUGGUUAUACCCAUGUGCAAUUGGCAAACCUGUAUGUUAGCGUGGGAUGCUGGGACGGGGCAGCA